AUGACUGUCGGAACGUCUACGCUUCAACGCCAACGACGACCAACAGUCGAAUUUAUGGAUUCUCCACCACACUGCCGUCAACCGAAAGGGAUCGACAACCGAAGCAACAAGCCGGGACGCCGACAAAACUCAAAGACUGCAGAAGAACAAGUCGCGCACCGUUCAGUGCGUCCAGCAGAAGGAAGUCGCACUUCACAACGCUCCAGUCGUUCAAGACUGGAGGCCAGCACCACAUCGGGAUCAGCCGCACAUUAUUCCGGAAGAUCAGAAGAUGGUAAAGCUGUGCGUCAAAAACGUCGCCAAUCGAAGACGACGCCGACCGUGGAAGAUCAGUCGAUGGUUCCUCAAUCUGAAAGUUCUACCGGAGAUCCAUCUCAACCUGUCAACGUCGUAUCAUCCGUCAUCGAACUUCUCGACAGCCUCGUCAAAGGUCAUGAUCGGACCUUGGAAAUUCUUCGACAACUCGUUGAAGUGAAGCAACAAGAGGAGAAAUUCAACGACGACCACAAGACGAAGAAGAUAUUGCAAGAAACACCGCUUCUUUCCUCCCACCGUCAACGUUGGCCCGAGUCACCGUACAGAAGCCGUACGACCACGCCGUCUGGAGAGCCUCGUCGACAAGAAGAACCUGGCACGACUUCAGUUUCUGAGACCAAAACUGGCGCUGAUAUCACGACGAUAUCAGUUUGGACUCUGGACAAGAUCAAAGAAGACGCCGUCGCACGACUUCCGUCGAAGUUCGACUCCGUCGCCGCUGAAAGUUUCGAGAGCUGCACGAAUUCUGAAGCUGAUCUCAUCCUGAAACCUGAAGCGUCACCGGUUCAAAUGAAGCGGUUCAACAUCGUCACUCAAUUUGCGAAGACCGACAAAGACGUACGCCAUCAAGAAGACGACGUCAACAAUGUCAACAACUCGCAUUGGGCAGCUCCCAAGGUCGUGGUCAAGAAGAAGAAAGUGCACAACUUUUCGACCAACUUCAACGACUCGCUGUGGUUGCACCAGCAGCAGCGCUCAUCUUCUGAGGACGACUUCAACAAGCUGAUCGGAGGACAGCUCAAGCAGUUCGACUACAUCAACGAAUUCAUCCGUUUGCGAGACGUUGGGUCGACUGUUCCUGGCAUCAGCGAGAUCUUUGACUCCAAGAUCUCAGCACAAGGCGCUACUUCGAAUGCAGACUACAACGUCUACGGCCGCAGUACCAACGAAGACCGCCACUCAAUGGAAGCUCCAUGGUACCACAACAGCUUCCGCGCUCACCUGUCGAUGUGCAACACUUCGCUUCUGCCUGACGCUUGGUACAUCUGA